AUGAGUGAUAUAGCUUAUAGCUUGCUCUUUGCCUCACUAGAAACUCUGGUUUACCAAAACUUAUACAAUCAUAAAUUGUGUCUUUGUGCAGAGUGUCCUAUUAUUUUGGAUAAGCCAAAUAAAUUAAACCUUUGGUAUGUAGGAAGAAUGAUUUCGAGCAUCGUGCCCAAAUUCGCAUUAGGAAAACUUGUCCAAGCAUUUAACUUUGGCUAAUCAGCUCAGUAGCGCACCCUCCUCUUACGUAUAGAGCUUAACAGGCCACACACAUGGGAUGCCUCCUUUCUUUGUAAUGUUCUCGUUCCGGGUAAAACCCUGGCUAAAGGAAUUAAGAGGACGAAAAGAUUAGUCUCGACAUUUUAAUGAAUACUGAUUAAAUUAAACCAAUUGAAAGACUCUGGUAUCAACCCAACAAAUCAGCAAAGAAUUUCUGAAAAUAAGCAAUUAGCUAAAAGUCAAUCUGGAAUUUUAAAUGAAAAUUUAUCUAAAAAUAGUGCUUUUUCUAACUUCCUCGCAUAAACAUCGAAAUUAAGGGGAUAUGGGCUAUUAAUUUUAGAAUUAUUUAGUAAUUAAUUAAUUGGCUUAUUAAAUAUAAAGACAAUUUUUGUAUUUUCACAUAAUAAAAAAAAUUAUCAAUUAAAAGUUCUUUUUACUGCUAAGCAAAGUAAGACUUCUGAUACUAAAGCAAGUCUCCCUUUAAAAGUAAAAGGAAAAAUUAAAUAUGAAUUUGAAGACAAAGAUCAAAAAGCAAGUGAGCCCAUAAAGCCAUCAAAAGCAGUUAGCUCAAUUUCAGUCCCAGUAAAAAGGUCAAGGUCUGCAAAUGAAGAUAAAAAUGCUGAUGAAUCUCCUACAAAGAGAAAAGUAAAAUCGUCAAAUUCUUCUCUUCCUAGUCAAGAAACCUCUGCUACUAAUGUAAAGGACAUCUAUAGCAAAAUUUCAGACAUAAGUAUGCAGUUUAAACAGGAAAAAAGCAAUGAAAAUAGCUCUGAAAUUGCUCAAGAAAAAAAUACUAAGCCCGCCCAAUUAACAAAUGUGAGAGAGUUAAGACAAUAUGUUAAUUACAUUAUAAGGAAAGUUAAGGGUUUGGUUUCUUUGAGAAAGGGAUUUAAAAUAAAUAGUAUGGAAAAGAAUUCACUAGCUCACAUAUCUUCUAAAAUAUUAAAUCAUAUAAUAUUAUCAAAAAUACAAAAAUUUCAUUUUGAGAAAUUAUUUAAAAAUAAAAUAAUUUUUAACUGAAAAUGGAUGAAUUCUAGGAUAAGGCCUCCUUACAUGGAUAUUGGGACGUUUCAAGAAUUUAAAGAAUUGAAUCCAAUAUAUAAUGAUAGUGUGCAAGAUUCUCAAAUGCGCUAA